UAUGUCACUGUUCGACAAGACGAGAAGAUGGAACUGGCAAAACUUCUGGAUCGUGUACCGAUCCCUGUCAAGGAAACACUAGAAGAUUCUGAUGCAAAGAUCAAUGUUUUGCUGCAAGUAUAUAUUUCAAAGCUAAAGCUCGAGGGUCUUUCUUUGUCAUCUGACAUGGUUUAUAUUACCCAGAGUGCUGGACGUCUCCUACGAGCUAUUUUUGAGAUUAGUUUGAAGAGGGGGUGGGCUCAACUGUCUGAAAAAGCUCUUAACUUGUCUAAAAUGGUAGGGAAGAGGAUGUGGAAUGUUCAGACACCACUCCGGCAGUUUCUUGAAAUUCCAAAGGAGGUUCUGAUGAAGUUGGACAAGAAUGAUCUGGUGUGGGAGAGAUACUAUGAUCUAUCUUCACAGGAGUUAGGAGAGCUUAUUCGUAAUCCUAAGAUGGGCAGAAAAAUUCACAAGUUCAUCCGUCAGUUCCCAAAACUGAAUCUUAGAGCACAUGUUCAGCCGAUUUCUCGUUCUGUUCUACAAGUGGAGCUCACCCUAACACCUGAUUUUCAGUGGGAUGACAAAUUACAUCAAAAUGUUGAA